UCUCUCUUUCUCUCCACCUUUCAGAUCUUUAAAAGCCGCUGCUUGCUCUGUCUCUCUCAUCGGUUCGUCUUCUUGGCCGCUGCAGGGGGACUCCUGGUUGCCUCUCAUCAGAACACGCCAAGCCCUCGUCAUAGCCUGCAAGCAGGGGGAGAGCGAGAGAGAGAGAGAGAGAGAGAGAGAGAGGGAUAGAGAGAGAGAAAGAAAGAGAGAGAGGGAGAGGAAACAGAGAGACAGGAAACAGAGAGGGAGCGAAGAGAAAAAUCCCUCCAGAAAUAACAAAAAAAAGAAAAAAAAAAGAAAAAAGAAAAGCAAAAAAAAAAAAGAAAAAAUUUCCUCUGGCGUCUUGAGGAAGGGACUGAGCAGAGAGGGAGGAACCUGGACAGAAUGCUUCCGCUGUGCGAUCUGCUGGCCUUGGCAGUGCUCCUGGCGGCCCAGCCCGGGCCCUGGACGGCCGCCAGCCGCGCGGCGCCCCAGAAGGGAUGCGCUUCCUGCCGCGGGCUCCGGGGCCCGGCUCCGGCGGAGGCCGGCACGUCCUCCCUGGCCGUGGGGGAGCCCUGCGGGGUGUACACCCUGAGCUGCGCCCGGGGACUGCGCUGCGUGCCCCCCCAGCGCGACCACAGCCCCCUCCAGGCGCUGCUGCAGGGACGGGGUGUGUGCGCCAAGCACGUCAAAGCCAGCCCCACCGAGAAGCCCUUCCCGGCAGGUCCAUACCCUUCACACAGUGGUGAGCUUGAGAAAGCUCCUUGUCGUAAGCUGCUAAACACCGUUUUGCGCCAUCUUGAGCCCACUCAUUUCCCAGCGAACCGUGACAUCUACAUCCCCAACUGCGACACACGUGGCUUCUACAGAAAGAAGCAGUGCCACUCGUCCAAAGGCAUGCAGCGCGGCCAGUGCUGGUGCGUGGACGAGCACGGCACGCCCCUGCGCAACGGCGAGGACGGCGUCCUGCCCUGCGACGGCGACUGAGGCUCCGCCCCCGUCUCCGAGGAGGAGGAGGAGGAGGAGGAAGGCUGUGAGGACGGCAGAAGGCUCUAGAGUAUGCUGGACACCGCCUGGCCAGAAAACAGAGGCUGGAGACAAAACCACGAGGAACCCCGCUCAAAACUAUUUCCUCACCCCAUCCCGCCCUCCCCCACCACCACAACAAGGUGGUGCCCACCUAAUUCACCCAACAAAAAAUGCCUGCAGCCACCAUGACCAGCACAUCACAUCUUUUAACCCCUUAAUUGUUUUGUAGGAACGCUGCAUACAGGUCGUUUUAGCCACCUACUGUAUGACUGCUGGUACUGCCUUCAAAUCCCCGUUCAGUAAUUAGGCUUUCAAUCUGAUGGUUAGUUUGAUCAUGUGAUUCACCCUUUUAUUGGUAUAUUGAGCCAAAUUAAUGGGGGAGAGCUGGAUUCCUGCUUCCCCACAGCAGUAGGGAGAAUCCUGCAUGGAUUUGAUUGGGAAUUUUAAAUAUGACACAAAUUGGACGGCUUUAAAUUGUACUUCCCUUUCAAGAUUCCUUUGGCACAUGUAUUUGAAUGCGGGAAACUCUGAUGAGGCUUGAUUAAUUCUCUGUGAGCCUGACUGAAGGUCAUCCCAGCGUCUCAUCUCCAGAUGUGCUGUGCUGCGGUUGUUUCAUCUGAAAUAACUGUGAGGCAAUCUCCGCACCCGUCCUCCACAGGUACCCCAGCAGUAUUGUUUUUGCGAAUAGAAAGCUGUUGCAUCUCGACAGCAGCUAUCUGCAAUGAAAAAUUAAACGUCCAAUUCUGCUAGAGUCGUACUUUUGCUGGAAUCGCAAAUUCCUCUCUCCCUUUUCAGUGUUUUGAAUGAAAGCAUAGCUUAACUGUUCUCCGUUUAUUUUAUUUUUUUUACAGAAUCAAAGCACAUUUUUAAAAGGCACAGUAACUGGGGGGGGGGGGGGGCUGUUCCCUCUGCCCGAGUCAUUUAGAAAGACCGCUUUUCAGUCGGCACAGUGAAGCCGCUCAGCCCACCAGCAGCUCUGUUUUGUAGGUCGCUCAUACCAGUCUGUCUAUUAAUAUGCUUGGCUCAAAGCGGCCAUUUUAGAAACAGGAGGGGGACAGAAUAUCGCAUUUCAGUACAGGAAAUGUUCAGAAUUAAAGAAUGUCUGUAUAAAGCACAUAAAACAGCGGGUUUCUCUCAAGAGUCCCCCAGACUCUUUGGGCUCGCUCCACUUAGGACUCCGUUUCCCAUAAUUCCAGGCCAGUCCAACUCCUUCAUUCCAACAGACGUCUUCAGGUCAGUUGGUCGUUUCUUUUGCAGGGUGAAAUAUGUGAUCAGCUGAGCAGGUUCCAUCAAACCGGAAUACGAGUGUUGUCGGGAGAAACGUCACCACCACCUUAACUGAAAGACAGUCGUGCUUCUCCUUCUCCUUUACUGUGGAGUGCGAGUUUAAGCAGAUGUUACUUUUUUAUUCUUUUGCUGCUGCUUUUUUUAUUUCUCUUACUGUCAAUCUCCUAAGAUUUAGAAGAAUUGACAAAAAUGCCUAAAAUAAUUGUUCAAUAUUUAGGGCCAACUGCAAAGCAAAAUGAUCAAACCGGCCAUGGCUGUGGCUGGCUUAUUGUUGCAUUUGGUCAGCUUCGAGAAGGCUUCAGGGCAGAUGGCUUUGUAUCGCCCUCCAAUUUAUAUAUUUUUUUUUAGAUUUCAUUGCAUAUUGUAAAAAAGCUUGACAACCACUCCCCUCAAAAGUAAGAUGGAUGAAGAUGAGUCAUGUGACCCUAGGGUCUGAACCUGCCAAUGGAGUUACAACACUGCAAGGUGCAGUGACUCACAUAUUUAAAUCCCACCCCCUUAGAACCAAACACCCUUCCUCCCUCCAAAAUUACACUGACAAAAUAAUGCAAAAUAAAAAUGAAUAUAUGUUUUUCAUGUAAUUUAUUCUGAAGCAUUAUUUUCAUGCUUAAAUUUCAAUAGUCAGUGUUAAGAGACUGAGGCCCUUUUUGAAAAGUCUUUAAACAUAUUUUUAUAUACUUUUAUACAUUUCUUUUAUAAAUAUAUAAAUAUUAAUUGUGUAUGUCUGAUUCAUUAUUUAACUAUGCUGUAUUUUUAUAUUGCCUUCUUUAUUUAAAAAUCAUGUGUCAUUUUUAUUUUAUAGAUAAAUAUGAGGGGAAAAUUCUACCUUAUUGGGAACAAUAUGCUUUAAUCUUAUUUAAACUGCUGUGUAUGAUACCAUAUCUUACCAUCGUUUAAUUUAUAUAUGGAGCCUUUGUUAUGAAAAUGAUUUAUGAAAGUGCCACAUUUUGCUUUUGAAAUUUUUUAAUGCACAUUGUAAUAAAUUCAAGUUCAAACUUU